GCAAAAAGUAGCCAUAAACCCUAAAUAUAAACCCUUUUGUCAUCCUCCGCCAUCAACCACCACCACCACCACCUCUCUUUUAUCGUCCCCCUUAUUACGAUUUGAAGUGAUGGCUGAAAUAGUUGAAAAGCAAGAAAGUGUUGGAAGGAAGAGAAAAAUAGGGCAAAAAAAGGGUAGUAAAGGAAAGAAGAAAAUGAGAGUGUUUCAAGGUAAUGAUAAAAAGGUUAAAAAAAUGGAUGCUAAAACCAAGAGACUUUUUAGGAAAAGAGUACGCGAUUAUAAUUCUGAUAAUAGUGACGACGAUAAUGAUGUCGAACAAGAAGAAAAUAAUAAUAAUAAUAAUAAUAAUAAUAAGAAAAAGCCCGUCUCUGCUAAUCGGGUGAAGUUUGAAAAGAAAAAGGAAGUUCUUGUUGAAAAUAAGGAGGAUGAUGAUGCUAAUGACGGUGAAGAAGAAGUCGGUGAUGAUGUCGAGGAAGCGGUUGUGGCUCCUCGAGUGAAGUUUGAAAAGAAGAAGAAAAAGCGUGUUGAAAAUGAGGAGAACGAUGAUGACGAGGAUGAGGAUGACGACGACGAAAUUGGGGAUGAUUUUGGGGAUGAUGAUGAGGAGGGUGUGGUAGUUGAACAUGGGUUUAUGAAGUUUUCUGAAGGAUCCGCGUCUUUUAAAAAAGCGUUUAAGAAAAUUGUAAAGAGAAGUGGUACAGAAGAUGAGGUUUUGGGUCCUGUAUUAUCUGCUCACAAGAAUUUUGUAGUAAAAAAGCUUGCUGAAGAGGCUGCUGAAAAGAAAGUUAAGGGGGACGCGAAAAAGGAAAAAAUCUUGUUAGGGGAGAAAGGACAUGUAAAGCCUGACGCUUUCUCAGUAUCAUAUGAAAAAACUCUUAUAGGAGUUGCUACUAAAGGAGUUGUCAAGUUAUUUAAUGCGGUUAACAUGGCUCAAGCUUCACAAAAAGGUUUGAAUCCAUUAAGGGCAAAAGACGCUAAAGUGAUUCAAAAACGAAAGAAAGAAGCCUUCUUUUCUGAGCUAGGCAAACGUUCAUCCGAGUCAGAUUCUAAGGCUGGCACAAGUGGAAGUACAGGUGAUGGAGAAGGUCCUAGUUGGGCUCCUUUACGUGAUAACUAUAUGCUUACAACUCCAAAUUUAAAGGAUUGGAAUAAGGCAGCUGAUGCCUCUGAAGCUGUGGAUGAUUUUGGAAGACAAGAAGAUAGUUCAUCUGAUGAUGAAGAAGAUUAGUCUUGUGAAUGUCAAAGGUUUAUGUAUACGAUUUUUUAAGUUAGUCAUUGCGAUGCCCUUAGUUUUUUCAAGUAUUACCGUUGCUUAUAUGGAACUCAAAGCUCAUUUGAUCAGUGUUUAAAGAAACUCGUAAGCAAAUGUCAAGCAAUUUUAACAGUGGUCCAAAAUUUUGGAAUGAUUUCACUGGAUUAGUUAUUAUUU